AUGAAGAAUGUCUUUCUUGAAAUUUCUUUAAACAGAUCCAUUCUUCGAGAAGAAUUUGUCUUCUUUCUCGCCUUGCUGCAUCAUUUCUUUUCUUUUGUCUCCCAAAUGACGAGGCUUCCUCGUUUUCUCCCCACCACCGCCACACGGCCCUCACUUCCCCACCUUUCUCCCGACUAUUUCCGUUUCGUGCGUGUCUUCAAGAUUUUUUUCUUCAAGUUUUUGAUCAUUUUAACUCUUGGAAUCGCGUUCAAGAUUUUCGUUGAUAUUUUUAUUUCUUUUUCCCAUCCAUUUUUGUCGAUUCGCCGCCAUCUUUUGCUACCGACAAAAGCGCAACUUUCUUUCGUUUUAUUUCCUUUUCCUCUGGUUACUUCCCAUUCCUUCUUUUUCCUCUAUUUUCUUCCUUUACCAUACUUUCCAUGUCAUGUCUUCUCUUUCCUUUUCGUCUCGUUCCUUCCCUUCUCUUUCCUUUUCGUCUCGUUCCUUCCCUUCUCUUUCCUUUUCGUCUCGUUCCUUCCCUUCUCUUUCCUUUUCGUCUCGUUCCUUCCCUUUUCCCUCCUCUUCGCCUCGUUCUUUCCCCUUUCCCUCCUCUUCGCCUCGUUCCUUCCUUUUCCCUCCUCUUCGUCUCGUUCCUUCCCUUUUCCCUCCUCUUCGCCUCGUUCCUUCCCUUUUCCCUCCUCUUCGCCUCGUUCCUUCCCUUUUCCCUCCUCUUCGCCUCGUUCCUUCCCUUUUCCCUCCUCUUCUUUCCUUCCCUUUUCCCUCCUCUUCGCCUCGUUCCUUCCCUUUUCCCUCCUCUUCGCCUCGUUCCUUCCUUUUUUCCUCCUCUUCGUCUCGUUCCUUCCCUUUUCCCUUCUCUUCGCCUCGUUCCUUCCCUUUUCCCUCCUCUUCGCCUCGUUCCUUCCCUUUUCCCUCCUCUUCCUCUUCCUCUUUCUACUCUACCAGAUAUUUACCACUACUUUUCAUAGAGAAGCUAUUUUUUUCCUUGUCAAAUUCUAA